AUGUCGGAAGGGAUGAAACUGAUCUCAGCCUCUUCUCUCCCAGACACAGGAGAUGAAACGAUCAGUCAAAACCCUUGGGAACAAAGCCCACGGGAGUUGCCCGACGACAGCAGUGACAAACCACCAGAGAACAAGGAAGCAAGCAAGGCACCCUCCUCAAUCAUAAACAGAAUCACCCAUCAACCAGAACUACUCUCCAGGCUCAGCCUCAAGACCAACGAACUCUCGCCAGGAAAAACCAGUACAAAUUGA